AUAGUUGUCAUUUAUUUAUAUAAUAAUAACUGAAGUGCGGUUUACUCCUCACUUAUUAAAUGCAAUAAAUAUUAUGAUAGCUUGAUUAUUAACCUCAAGUGUAUAAAGUCGAUCAAUAAUUUUAAGAUGCAGCUAUUAAAAACCAUACCGUGUCAUAUUAAUUUGACAAAAAGACUUAUCAAUCACUCAAACAAAUGCUUUCUAUCUUCAUCGCAAAAGUUAUUCAGUGAAAAAGAAUCCGACGAAGAUCCCAACCAUCCCCUGCGAAGAACGCUGAACCUUCUCACGAGGGAUUUUAAGUCUAUGAGAGACUUCUUUCGUACAAGUCCAAAUGCGACAGAAUCCAACGAUCAAAAAUCUAAUGAGAAAUUCUCAAAGGAUCCCGACGUACCAACAGAAGAAUUUCAAACGCACUGCGAUGUGUUAAUUAUUGGAGGUGGCGGUAUUGGUUCAUCAAUUUCGUAUUGGCUAAAGGAAAAGGCUAGAAAUGGUCUUAAUGUUGUGGUUGUUGAGAAGGAUCCUACUUAUAGAAAAUCUUUUGCCGUUCAAUCAUACCAUGGGCUUCACCAAAACUUUACGGUUCCUGAAAAUAUUCAAGUAUCAAUGUAUGGUGCUGAUUUUAUAAGAGAUAUUAAGAAGCACUUGGGCAAUGUCAAUGUAAAUUUUACACCCUAUGGUUCCUUAAGACUGGCAUGUGAAGAAAAUGUUGAUGAGCUCAAAAGCAUAUCCAGAUUACAAAAUGAGUUGGGAGUCCGAAAUGAACUUCUUACUCCAGAGAAAAUAAAAGCCAAAUUUCCUUGGAUUAAUACGGAAGGCAUUGUUCUCGGUAGUCAUGGUCUAGAAAAAGAGGGCUGGUUUGAUCCCCUAGCUUUAUUAUUUGGCUACAAAAAUAAAGCAUUGGAAUACGGAGCCCAUUUUGUUGAUGGAGAAAUCAUUGGUUUCGAAUUACAAAGUCAAUCUAACGUUCUAGUCGAUGGUGAAGAAGCGCAAGGUUAUCAAGCUCUAGAUAAAGCAGUAGUGAAAAUGCAUGAUGGCGAAAAACGUACAAUUAAAUUCGCCUUGUGCGUCAUUGCUGGCGGAUCAAGUUCCGGUAAAAUAGCCCGACUAGCUCGUAUAGGAAACGCUACAGGUCUUUUAAGCAUCCCACUGCCCGUGGAAGAAAGAAAACGCAAUAAAUAUGUAUUUAGUUCUAUGGGACAGGAAGUGCCUGCAUUCUCUACGCCUUUGGUGAUAGAUCCCAGUGGAUGUUAUUUUACCCGCGAAGGAUUAAGUGGCAAUUAUUUAUGUGGUACAAAUAAAAGCACAUUGAAUGAAGCGAAAAUUCAAAACUCAGAAUCUGGACAAGACAUUUUUGAAACUGAAAUUUUGCCAAAUCUUUCGCAACGUGUCAAGGCUUUUUCAGAUGCGAAAGUUAAAAAAAGCUGGACCGAAACAUACGAAUAUAAUAGCUUUGACGAAAAUGGAAUUAUUGGAACUCAUCCGUACUAUAAUAAUCUAUAUAUAGCGACUGGAUUUAAUCGUCAUGGUAUACAGCAAUCGCCGGCGGUAGGUCGUGGCAUAUCCGAGCUUAUAAUUGAUGGGAGGUAUAGAAGCAUUGAUUUGUCACGUUUAGGUUUUGACAGAUUUGUUGUUAAUCAGCCAUUGUAUGAAGUAAGCGCUAUUUAAUAAAAAGACAAAUCCCUAA